AUGGGAAGCCAAAUUCCAGUAGAAUAUAUGUUAGAAAUUUUCAUCAUGAAUAAGAAUCCAAAUGAAAUAGUUCCUCAAAUUUCUCCUGAAACAGAAAAAAUGGACGGGGAUAAGAUAUGUACAGUUAAAAAUCCCAGUGGCGAUUCAAAUUUACAUAAAGAAGAAGCAGAUGUAUUCAAAAACAAGGCUUUAGAAAUCAUUAGCAAACUAGAACAGGUUGUUGACUGUUUACAGGAAGUGAGAGAAACUUACAGAAACGAAAAAGAAGCUUGGAUUAAAGAGAGAGAGGAACAAUUUAAAAGGCAGUGCAAAAUAAUUGAGGAUUACGAACAACUGCGGAAACAGAUGCAAUUAUGGUUCGAACGAAACAGACACUUCCUUCCAAGAAACAGGCCAUUAUAUCCUUUUCGAGCUCAAGUUUUACCCCUCAUCCGUUCCCAAAACAGAGGAAACUAUUUCGUCCGGCCAGCAGCGAAUGUGACAAGAGAGUCCGAGAAUGAACCGACUGAAACCGCUGAAGAAGCUGAGGAACCUGACUUGGAAGAGGAUGACGAGGCUGAAGAGAAUAAUGAGGAAGAACCGGAAGAAGAAACGGAAGAGCAGGAAGAAGAAGCCGAAGAACAAGAGGAAGAAGUAGAACAGGAAGCAACUGGCGGAGAUGAAGAUUUGGAAUAUGUCUUGGAAUACACUCCAGUAACAUCAGCUAUGGAGUUGCCAAGCAUCACUAUGACAGAAGAUAAAAAAAGAAAAGCGUCUUUUGUGUUAGAGAAUGACAACUCGAAGAAAAGAUGCCUAACCCUGGUGGAAUGUCCGAUUUGUCAAGAAACGCUCCCAGACUUGAUCAGGACUGGGAAAGUGUUGAUGGCUCCCUCUUGCGGCCAUGUUCUCGCUGUGUGGGUGGCCAUGGACAGAAAGUCAAUGAAAAAAAAAUCAAUCGAUACCUUUGUCGCAUCGUCUUCUCCACGGGUUGCUCAAUUCGUAUCAAGUGUCCUCUGCAGUCCCUUCACUCGACUGGAAAUUAAACAGAAUGGACUGAAGCAACAAAUGACUGUCUUCCCCUUAAUAUCAGGAGGUUACAGUUAA